GCGGGGGCUGAGCGAGGGGAGAAUGGCAGUUGCGGCGCUGGUUCCCGGGAACAGCCGUCAAGACAGAGCUGCGGAGGAGGAGUUCUCGAGAGCCGCCGUCUGGACCCCUCCUCUCCGUUCCCCCCGCCCCAGCUGAGAAGCGCCUCGGCGGGUCUGAAGGACCCUCCCUUGCACUUCCUCCGGCUCCCGCCGCCGCUGCGGGGAGAUGGGCCUACCCGCCCGCUGCCCGCCGCCCGCCGCCGUUCUGUGGAGUUGAAGAAUAUCUAUGACAACUGAUUCCUGCAAAUUAAACUUUUUCAAGAAUUUCUGAAGGAACCAAGUUAAGAUUUUCUUACAUCAUGACCCAUUUGAAUGCAAGAACAAGAAAUAGGUUUUAUCUCUACGUAUAAUGAAGGACUGUGUGUAAACACAGACCCUGGCUCAAUUCAGAAUAUUUUAGACAUGAGUUUACAUCGGCAAAUGGGUUCAGAUCGAGAUCUUCAGUCUUCUGCUUCAUCUGUGAGCUUGCCAUCAGUCAAAAAGGCACCCAAGAAAAGAAGAAUUUCAAUAGGCUCCCUGUUUCGGAGGAAAAAGGACAACAAACGCAAAUCAAGGGAACUAAAUGGCGGGGUGGAUGGAAUUGCCAGUAUUGAAAGUAUACAUUCUGAAAUGUGUACUGAUAAGAACUCCAUUUUCUCUACAAAUACCUCUGACAAUGGAUUAACUUCUAUCAGCAAACAGAUUGGAGACUUUAUAGAGUGCCCUUUGUGCCUUUUGCGGCAUUCUAAAGACAGAUUUCCUGAGAUAAUGACUUGUCAUCAUAGAUCUUGUGUGGAUUGCUUACGACAAUAUCUAAGGAUAGAAAUCUCUGAAAGUAGAGUUAAUAUCAGUUGCCCAGAAUGUACUGAACGGUUUAAUCCCCAUGAUAUUCGCUUAAUAUUAAGUGAUGAUGUCUUGAUGGAAAAAUAUGAAGAAUUUAUGCUUAGACGGUGGCUUGUUGCAGAUCCUGAUUGUAGGUGGUGUCCAGCUCCAGACUGUGGAUAUGCUGUGAUAGCAUUUGGAUGUGCUAGCUGUCCAAAAUUAACUUGUGGACGAGAAGGCUGUGGAACAGAAUUUUGCUACCACUGUAAACAGAUUUGGCACCCCAACCAGACCUGUGAUGCUGCUCGACAGGAAAGAGCCCAGAGUUUGCGUCUGAGAACUAUACGUUCUUCUUCUAUUAGUUACAGCCAAGAGUCUGGAGCAGCAGCUGAUGAUAUAAAACCAUGUCCACGAUGUGCUGCUUAUAUAAUAAAGAUGAAUGAUGGGAGCUGUAAUCACAUGACCUGUGCAGUCUGUGGUUGUGAGUUUUGUUGGUUAUGUAUGAAGGAAAUAUCAGAUUUACAUUAUCUAAGUCCAUCAGGAUGUACUUUUUGGGGGAAGAAACCCUGGAGCCGAAAGAAGAAAAUAUUGUGGCAGCUGGGAACUCUUGUUGGUGCUCCUGUAGGAAUUGCUUUAAUAGCUGGCAUCGCUAUCCCUGCAAUGAUUAUUGGCAUUCCUGUGUAUGUGGGACGCAAGAUUCAUAAUCGAUAUGAAGGCAAGGAUGUUUCCAAGCACAAAAGGAAUUUGGCCAUAGCAGGUGGUGUUACAUUGUCUGUAAUUGUCUCUCCAGUUGUAGCUGCAGUAACUGUAGGUAUUGGUGUCCCUAUUAUGUUAGCUUAUGUCUAUGGUGUUGUUCCAAUUUCUCUCUGUCGAAGUGGAGGUUGUGGAGUCUCAGCAGGAAACGGAAAAGGAGUCAGGAUUGAAUUUGAUGAUGAAAAUGACAUAAAUGUUGGUGGAACUAACACAGCUGUAGACACAACUUCAGUAGCAGAAGCAAGACAUAACCCUAGCAUAGGGGAGGGAAGUGUUGGUGGUCUGACCGGCAGUUUGAGUGCAAGUGGAAGCCACAUGGAUCGAAUCGGAGCCAUUCGAGACAACCUGAGUGAAACUGCCAGCACCAUGGCACUGGCUGGGGCCAGCAUAACAGGAAGUCUGUCAGGAAGUACCAUGGUCAACUGCUUCAACAGGUUGGAAGUACAAGCCGAUGUACAGAAAGAACGGUACAGUCUGAGUGGAGAAUCUGGUACAGUCAGCUUGGGAACAGUUAGUGAUAACGCCAGCACCAAAGCAAUGGCAGGAUCCAUUUUGAAUUCAUACAUCCCAUUGGACAAAGAUGGCAACAGUAUGGAAGUACAAGUAGAUAUUGAGUCAAAGCCACCCAAAUUCAGGCACAACAGUGGAAGCAGUAGUGUGGAGGAUGGUAGUGCCUCCCGAAAUCAUCCUGUUGGUUCAUCCAGUGGCUUGCCUGAAGGUAAACCCAGUGCCACCAAGUGGUCCAAAGAAGCAACAGCAGGAAAGAAAUCAAAAAGUGGUAAAUUGAGGAAAAAGAGUAACAUGAAGAUAAAUGAGACCAGAGAGGACAUGGAUGCACAGUUGUUAGAGCAACAAAGCACGAACUCCAGUGAAUUCGAGGCUCCAUCCCUCAGUGACAGUAUGCCAUCUGUAGCAGAUUCUCACUCUAGUCAUUUUUCUGAAUUUAGUUGUUCUGACCUAGAAAGCAUGAAAACUUCUUGUAGUCAUGGUUCUAGUGAUUAUCAUGCCCGCUUUGCUACUGUUAACAUUCUUCCUGAGGUAGAAAACGACCGUCUGGAAAACUCCCCACAUCAGUGUAGUAUUUCUGUUCUUACCAAAACUGCUUCAUGUUCAGAAGUCCCACAGUCGAAUCAUAUUGCUGAAGAACAUGGUAACAAUGGAAUGAAACCUAAUGUUGAUUCACAUUUUGGUGAUGCACUAAAAGAAACAAAUAAUAACCACUCACAUCAGACAAUGGAAUUAAAAGUUGCAAUUCAGACUGAAAUUUAGGCCUAUAAAUGCUGCAAAAUAAUUACCACUGAACAACCUUGUUUGGAGCUGGGUGACCUACAUGUGACUACUUUUAAGUUUCAAGUUACCAGCAAAUGCCGGGUUACAUAAUCAUAAUGCAGAUACUUUUUCUAAGUUCAGCAAAGCAUUGUGUUUCAUGUGGAUUUUAAUUACCAAACUAUGAACGGAAGGCUUUAAAAGUGUAUUAUUGUAAUGACAAUAAAUUGUAAGAGAAUUGUUUUGUGUGUUUGCCACAAAACAUUGCUUGAAGUAUAUACUUGUAUAUUUAGGUAGAAAUUUGGCAUAAUUUAUAAUCGAUAUAAAAUACUAAUGCAGUUCUACAGCAUUCUUAUGAAGAAAACUUGAGACUUAGGUUUAAGUGGUUAGUGACAUUUUAUUGAAACCACUAAAGGAUACUAUUUAAAGAACCUUGCAGGUUAUUCUCAGCAUAUAAUACUCUUUGUAACAUUUCUUUUCGUAACUGGGCAUAAAUUUCAUUCUUUUCUUCAUAGGCAAUAUGGAUAUAUAAAGCUUAAUGCAGCCCAUUUGCUACCAUUUGGAUACUUAAGACACUUGGAGCAAGAUUGUGGCAGUUUUUGCUCAACUUUGAAAUAGAAAUACCUAGUACUCUAUAUAUAAUCUUGUAUAUUGUUGAUACCAUCUUAGAAGUGUAAAGGUAGAUAAGUAUACUGACAGCACCAAAUAAGAUGUAUAAAACUGCAAAAUAAAGUUCAAUUAGUUUGUAAGUAUUACAAAAAUAAUACUUUCAUUAAGGGGAAAUUUGCAAAUCCCUUCUUAUCCCCCCUUUGAUUCUUGGUGCCUUUGGAAUAGACUGGAUUUUAAGGGCCUCAUUGUUUGAGAAUUUUGCUGUGUUGUUUUCCAUAAUAUCCUCUUUAGCCACCUUGAAUUGUGUAGAAAAAUACAAGAUAGAAAAACAUAAGUAUAAUAAUGCUGAAAAAAGUAUUAGCCUACCAAAGACACACUCAGGCUUUGUGAAUAAAUUUACAUAACCUCAGUUUUUAACAUAUAGUAUCCUCUCCAAUCAUGAAAUGAGAAUAUGUUGCAGAGUUUGUACCAAGUACUAAAAGGAGGGUUCUACGUAUGGCUCACUUGAUUUGCUUUUGCUUUUGUUUAUGGGACAUAUUCAGCUUACAUAAGCAGAAGUUGGUCAAAAUACUGCCUUUAUUGUUAAAUUCCUUAUAAUUCACUUAAAUAUAACAGGUAAACCUCAAAUGAUAGCAGUUAAAAUGUUCCAUCUUAUGUGAUUUUAUUUUAAGUAUUACCAUUUUGGUGCUACUGAGCAUUUUCUUUAGAUAAAAAGAAAAAUGCCAUGGGCUGCAAUCUUCUUCCAUUACUUUUCCUCAUCAGGUCCAUUAAUAUGCUUAUAACACUAGUGCCAGUUAUCUUAUUUGAUAUUGCUUAUUAUGCUAUUUGUAUAUUUGUUUGCAUUCCAAUUUUGUUCAACAGUGAGUGUGUAAACAACAUACAUGAAAUAAAUGUAAAUACUAACAUACUUCU